AUGACUCAAGAACCCGACGAUAGAACCGAAUUUACCAACCUCCUUCGCCGCAAGAAUGUAACGUCGUGGUCUGAGAAUAUAGGCCUGAAAAGGUUGUCGAAUCAGCGCUCCAUUCUUGUUGCCACCAGCGUGAUCAAGUCUGGAGAGGUGAUCCUUAAAGGAGAUAUGAGCGAUGCGCUCGAGUUUCAUCUAGUGCAAGAAACACUGAAAAUGGGAGCAAACAUAUCCCUUUCACCGGAAGCUUCCGUGCAUUGUCAUUUCGCGGUUCUGCUUGCGUUACAGAUGAUUAAAGACAAAAGCGUCUCGUAUUGGCAAAUCCCUGAUAUCAACUACUUUAAAACGUAUUUCCCUAUCCUCUGGGACGAAAAACUGCAGGCUUCGCUUCCUGAAGAAGCUAAAGUAUGGUUGGCCGUGCAGCAAGAUCGGCUGGAUAUCGACUGGGCCCACGCUAAGGAAUCAUUGAAAGCAAAUUGGACAGAUGUAGGGAAAAGCUCCACCAGCACUUGGGAGAUAUUUCUACGAGCAUGGCUCUAUGUGGAGUCCAGGGCGUACAAAGAUACGCGUUACGAUACU